AUGUUAUUUUGGAAACGAUUAAAUUGGCGUCUCAUCCGAAACUUUGGCUAUUUCUACUGUGCUUCAUAUGCUCUUGGUCGUCAUGUCGGUGAAUUAGUGAUAUGUUCAGGACCGUCGAUGCAUCCAACAAUACAGGAUGGUGAUUUGGUGAUUGCUGAGCGGCUUAGUGUCCAUUUGCGCAAUUUACGACGUGGCGAUAUUGUCGGUGCUUUGGCACCCCAUGAUCCGAGCGAAAUGCUAUGCAAACGUUUAACAGCUAUGGAGCACGAUAUAGUGACAAAUUGUUAUCUAUUACCAAAUGGGAAGAUCCCACGGGGACAUGUAUACUUAGAAGGUGAUAACAAGGCAGCUUCUACCGAUUCUCGAAUUUUUGGUCCGAUACCGGCCGGUCUUGUACAAGUUCGUCUGAUAUUCAGGAUAUGGCCUUUCUCAAGAGCUGGAUGGAUAUCGGCGCACUGGUUCUGGGAGAAACCAAACAGUAAUUGA